AUGACUAACGAAAGGCACAACGUUUCGGUACUCGGAGCCGAAAACCGGCGUGAGGUUGAGGAUAUUGUCCCGAUCGCCCCCACGUCGUCAUCCAGCGACGGGCCAUCGCAGAUGUUGAUCACGAGCAUCUGCGAGGAAAUGACUAUCGUGAAGCGUCGUGUCGGGGAGCCGCACCUGGGCCCCGCCAUGUCGUCAACAGACGACAGGUCAGCCGCUGAUAAUAGCUCCUACAGGAGCCGAAGUCGGAGCCUGACUGACAGUAGCGAAAGUUACUGUCAGUCUUCCGACGGGGAUCCGGAUUUUGAUCCCGGAAUCCGGACCCACUCCGUGCAGCAAUGCCGGAGAGACCGCUCCCGCCGGGGAAAGUCAAGAGUGGAGAGGGACGAGCGUGGCAGAUUCGUCUCCUCUACCACUCUGAAAUCCAACAGCAACACCGGCAAGGAUUUCGCGACUCCUGAACGCGUGAAAACGAAGGCCCUUGUCUCCAACGAGGCCGGAGAUAUUGAGAACCUCCUUAAUAUAGGCAUACUGAGGUCACUGGCGGACAGAAGUCCUAUGGAGGAGAUGUUCAAGGAUGCCUGCUCCGCUACCCUCCUCAGGGAGGCCUCUACGUCAGAAUUGGCCUCGGAGGCAGGCCGUGCGCUCGGUGUUCUGAGAUUAGUGGCACGAAGGUCAAAUACCCUCAAGGGGACCUUCGUGUCCCUCAUGAACCGGGCGGUAGGCUCCUCCGAGGCCAUUCUUCAGACCCUCAUGGUUAGGUUUGCGGCCACCGACGGCAGGACAGACGAACGGUCCAAUCUGGAGGCGGAAAUGAACGAGUUGAGGGAGGAGAACCAAAAGCUAAGAUUGGAAAACGGAAAGCUGCUCGAGGAGAAGAACGCUGCUAAGUUGUCCUCAGUCGCGCUCCUCUCUCAGCCCGUUCUGCACCAACAUCGCAAAACAUUUGCAGAGGCUGCAGGUGGCAGCUCCUCGGCCUCGGACGCUGACACAAAGGAAACACCGAAGCGAGGGAUGAGGGAAAAGAAGAGGAGGAAAGUGGGAGGAGGCCACCGCUCCGGUGGCGGUCAAAAGACCCCCAUUGAAGGGAAUCCAGAUCUGGACGAAUCCCUGGCAUUCCAAAACAUGGAUCCGGAGGCCAGGGAUAAAUACACCCAGAUGACGCAGGAACUGGAGAGGCUGGUGGACGCCAGGGCUGAACUGGACCCGAAGGGGGAGGAUCACAGGGUGGUCACUGCGUCCAUCAGAAGAUUAACAACAGCAAGAGCGGUCAUCAUGGAAUUGGGACCUGGGAAGACAACUCCGGACUACACUUCCAGAGUCAAAAGGGCAAGAGGAAGGAUGGACUCUAGUAAGGAGUACGAGGGACAGAAAGAAGCAGAAGAACAGGAAGAGGGGACCCCUCUUCCUCAGCCUGCCAAGGCCAGGAGAAAGGAGGCAGUAGUAUCGCGGCCGCCAAGAUCUGCGGUCGUCACGAUCACUUGCCCCAAAGACUCCUAUAAGGAGUUUAUGGUUGAAGCCAGGCGCCGAAUAAAACCCGCGGAUGUUGGCAUACCAGGCGCCCUAAAAAUCAGGACGGCCCGUACCGGGGCCUUACUAAUUGAGGUGCCUGGCUUCAACGCGGGGCUCUCCGCUGACCGGCUUGCCGCAGAACUCGGCAAGUUGGCGGCGGAGAAAGGCCCCGGCUACAGCAUCCAAAGGCCGGUGAAGACUGCAGCAUUGCGUCUCACUGGACUGGAUGCGACAGUCGGGGACGAAGACGUGACGGCCGCGGUGGCCCUCGCUGGGGGCUGCCCACCCACGGACGUGCCCGGAGUUGAGCUGCGGUUUACCCAGCGAGGGACAGCCACAGCUGUGGUGCGGUGCCCGCUGGCGGCGGCCUCCAAGGUCGCUGCCGCGGGUCGGAUCGUAGGUUGGACCCGAGCCGGGGUGACGGCGUUGCCUGCUCGCGCGGAGCUCUGUUUCAAAUGUAUGGAACAGGGUCAUGUGCGCUAG